CUCUUCUAGAUUUACUCCUCUUUCUCUCUCUUCCGUGUGCCCCAUUCUUUCUUCUUUCUUUCUCUCUCAUCACAAGGCACAAAGCCACAAAAUCUAGCGCUAUAAAUCCCCUAACACAUGGCAGUAUCAUUCGUAAUGCGGAAAUCCGCCGCUGUCAGAUUCAGGCACCUUUUCAACCGCUCAAUCGCUGUUCUGCAGAAUCAUCAUCAGCAUAAGCAUCAAAUUCACCACCACCCCAUUUCUUCUUCGACUUAUUCUUCUCUCUCUUCACCUCUAUUUAGCUCCCGUUUCUUGUCCUCAUCAUCGUCCACUUCAAUGGCUUCCUCUGAUUCGUCCUUCCCUGUCACCGUUCACAACAUCAACCCCAAGGUUCUGAAGUGUGAGUAUGCUGUUCGAGGAGAGGUUGUAACACUUGCUCAGCAAUUGCAAGAAGAUUUGAAGGCUAAGCCUGGUACUCACCCAUUUGAUGAGAUAAUUUACUGUAACAUUGGAAAUCCUCAGUCUCUUGGUCAGCUCCCAAUAACCUUUUUCCGAGAGGUUCUUGCAUUAUGUGACAUUCCAUCUGUUUUGGAGAAGCCUGAAACACCGGCUUUAUUCAGUUCUGACGCAAUAGAGCGAGCUUGGAAUAUUAUUGAUAUGAUUCCUGGGCAAGCAACUGGCGCCUAUAGUCACAGUCAGGGUAUUAAGGGCCUGCGAGAUACAAUAGCCAAAGGAAUUGAAGAACGUGAUGGUUUUCCUGCCAAUCCCAAUGACAUUUUCUUGACAGAUGGGGCAAGCCCAGCGGUCCAUAUGAUGAUGCAAUUGCUGUUAAGGUCAGAAAAAGAUGGAAUUCUGUGUCCCAUCCCUCAGUACCCAUUAUACUCUGCCUCAAUUGCCCUUCAUGGUGGCUCCCUGGUACCUUAUUAUCUAGAUGAAGCAACUGGUUGGGGUUUGGAAAUCAGUGAACUGAAGAAGCAAUUGGAGGCUGCCAAGAAAGACGGCAUCAGUGUUAGGGCUUUAGUUGUUAUUAAUCCAGGCAAUCCAACAGGGCAGGUUCUUUCUGAGGAAAACCAGCGGGAUAUAGUAAAAUUUUGCAAGCAAGAAGGUCUAGUUCUUUUGGCCGACGAGGUAUACCAAGAAAAUGUUUAUGUUCCUGAGAAGAAAUUUCACUCCUUUAAGAAGGUAGCCCGGUCCCUGGGAUACGGGGAUAAUGAUAUCACCCUAGUAUCCUUUCAGUCUGUCUCGAAAGGCUACUACGGGGAGUGUGGGAAACGUGGUGGUUACAUGGAGGUCACCGGGUUUUCUGCAGAAGUCAGGGAACAGAUAUAUAAAAUGGCUUCUGUGAAUCUUUGCUCUAACAUCUCUGGUCAGAUUCUUGCAAGCUUGGUCAUGAGUCCACCAAAGGUUGGAGAUGAGUCUUAUGAGUUAUACUGUUCCGAGAGGGAUGGCAUUUUAUCCUCCCUUGCUAGGCGUGCAAAGACACUGGAAGAAGCAUUUAACACAUUAGAGGGUGUAACAUGUAACAAAGCAGAAGGUGCAAUGUAUUUGUUUCCCCAAAUUAAGCUGCCCCAAAAGGCUAUUGAAGCGGCAAAGGCGGCGAAAACAGCUCCUGACAACUUCUAUUGUCGGAACCUCCUCCACGCUACUGGAGUAGUUGUUGUCCCCGGUUCUGGUUUCGGACAGGUUCCUGGAACUUGGCAUUUUAGAUGCACCAUAUUGCCUCAAGAAGACAAGAUUCCGGCCAUUGUUACUCGCAUAACCGAGUUCCAUAAGAAGUUCAUGGACAAGUACCGCGGCUGAGGAAUAUUAUAGUUGAGAGGCAUGUUUUAGGAUGAAUAAUUUUGUUGUUAAUUCAACUUUAUAGAGUUGCAUUUUGAAUAUGCAAAAAGUUGAAAGAUAUGUUUCUUCUUAGCCCCUUGUUUUCAGGGUGAGAAAUGAUUUUGUUGUUAAUUAAAACUUUCAAUUAUAGGUGCAUAUUGAAUAAUAAGCAAAGUGAAAGAGAUUGGUUUUCUUGUUUUCA